AUUAUAAACGAUCUUUGAUGCAAGCUAGCGGGGUAGCAAACAAACAAACGGCCAGUAGAUCCGGGCUCGCUUCGGUAUGAUGCCCGCGGACAGCACCAUGAGCUCCAUCGUCCAGAGAAUAGCCCGGCAGGCUCUGGUGACCUUCAGGAGCCCUCCGCGGUUCGGGGAGGAGCCCAGCAAAUCCUUCCUGGAGAACCACGGCAAACUGAGGAGCCUGAUGACGGAAGUGCGAGCUCCAGACCUGAAGCUCGUCCCGCGGAGGUCCGAUGACAGCUCCCCGCGUGCCCCCCUCUACCACCCCGGCGCGCCCCCGGUCACCUACAUGCACAUCUGCGAGACGGACCAGUUCAGCAUGGGGGUGUUCCUGCUGAAGAGCGGCGCCUCCAUCCCCCUCCACGACCACCCGGGGAUGCACGGGAUGCUCAAAGUGUUGUACGGCAAAGUCCGGAUCAGCUGCUUCGACCGGCUGGAGCGGCCGGCCGGCGGCCCGCAGGCGGAGCCCGCGCUGCCCCCGGCGCAGAUGGGCGCGCUGCGGAGGUCGGUGCUGCGCUCCACGGCGGAGUACACGGAGGAGAGCGGCCCGUGCGUGCUCUCCCCCGACCGGGACAACCUCCAUCAGAUCGACGCCGUAGACGGCCCCACGGCGUUCAUGGAUAUCCUGGCCCCUCCGUACGACCAGGACGAGGGCAGAGACUGUCACUAUUUCAAGGUUCUGACAGAGGCUGGGCCCACAGGGUCAGAACAGAAGGACAAGGAGGUCUGGCUCAUGGAGAUCUCGCAGCCCUCUCAUUUCUGGUGCGGAGGGGAGCCGUACCCGGGCCCCGAGGUCAGCCUCUCCUCCAUCUGACUCUUCUGAUGCAUGGGGCUUGUUGGGUCAGGAGGGCUAAAGCCAGGUCGGGUUCGGGGCCUCAGAGACUAGAUGCAUCAUCAGCAUCUCCAGAAAGUUUGAGAUGAUGCAAAGCACAUCUGAUCGGAUCAGAUCCAUCCCCUCCAUCUGAUCUGAGACCCCUCUCAGAUGACCUCUGCAGCACUUGGCGGUCUUUUGGAUCUCAGUUUCCCUAAAAAGGGAUCAAAACUCCCAACUGCUCAAGAGGGGCUUUUAACCGUUAUUUUGCAGCUUUAGUCACCUGAAAGCUUCCAAAAGACUAAUCUAAAAAUGAAGGAGCUGCUUGUCUCACUAGUUUAAUCACUUCAAGCUUUUAAUUUGAAAAACUACAAGAAGCAGAGCUCUGCUGUGAGCACUUUUUGGCAAGAAAUGUGCAAGUGCAGGUUGGUGGUGCUGCAUUCAGGAAAGGUCAGGCUUUUUUUGCUCAUUUCCUGCUGUAUUGUUCCACUUUAAAAUGACAGGUCGACGUUUCUGCUGCUCUUUGAAAUCUGCAUCACCAGAUGCAACUUUUUCUGCAUCUGCGGAUAUAUUUGCUCUGCAUCUUCCAACGUGUCCGCUCUUUGGAGACAACGAUUGGUUCCUGAAUUUCUUGGCGUUCAGGACCACAGUUGGUUUUACUCGUCUUCCUGUGACCUUUUCUUCCAUCCGCUGAAGAAGCUAUAUUGCAAAUUUCUUCUAUCGUCACAUCAAACUCCACCUUUCUUUUUUCCUCUGAGAAGAGCUGCAUCCUCAGGGAAGUGCCUGUGACUUGUUUCGCUGAUUUGUUUGUUUGGAAGAUGUGCACAAAAUCAGCCUUUCAGCACAAUCUAUCGUUAGACCUUGUAGAAGUGAAGGUUCUUUUUUGUGAAUAGCUAGGUUGCAAUAUUAAGCUGUCAAUGUGAUUCCAAAAUAAAGGUUAUAAAUGCCUUUAGGUGUCA